AUGAAGCUGCACCCGCGCGGCGUCGGCGGCGUCGACCGGCUCGCGGAGACGGACAUCGAGGGCAGCAAGCCGCGGCCGCUGCACUUCAAGACGGAGCGCCACGUGAACCCGCUCUGCCCCGAGUACACGCUGCCGAGCUGCGCCCUCGACAUGCCGCCCGUGCCCAAGUUCGUCCGCGACGGCUACGGCAUCUCGGACAUCGAGGGCACGGCGCCGCGGAGCCGCUUCCGCUUCGCGCAGCGCGAGACCUACGACGUCAAGGACAUCGAGGGCGCCCAGGCCGGCUGGCGGCCCCGCCACGAGCGCGUGCGCCGCGAGGGCCCGCCCAUGGACAGCCUCAACGUCAAGGACAUCAACGACAUCGGCUUCAAGACGACGCGCGUCACGGACCCGCUGCGCCCGACGCACCGCAUCAACGGCAUGGAGGUCAAGGACGACAUGGUGCGCACCAUGCCCAAGAAGCUGCCCAAGCCCCACGACGGCCCCACGCUGAGCCUCUACACGGACGACAUCGAGGGCGCGCGCUGCGGCUGGAAGCCGCCCCACGAGAUGCAGCCGCCCCUCGAGAAGCGGCGCCACUUCCGCAACACGAACUACAUCGGCGACAUCACGGGCGCCCAGCCCGACACGGUCAAGCACAGCAUCCGCACGCAGCGCGAGACGAACCCGCUCCACCCGGCGUACCGGUCGCUCGACGGCGACCUCCUCGGCGACCCGACGCAGCCCGACUUCACGCACAUCUUCGCCCACCUCAUGCCCGAGGGCGCCGCGCCCCCGGCGUCGGCGCCGCGCUCCGCGCUGCCGUCGCGCGGCGCGCUCGCGUCGCGCGGCGAGGCGCCCGCGCCGUCGGCCGUGGACCGCUUCGUCCUCACGAGCGCCGACGGCCGGCCGCGCGUGCCCACGGGCGGCAGCGACCGCCCGCGCACGAACGUGAGCCGGGGCGCGUCCAACAGCCGCGGCGGCACGGCCUCGGGCAUCCGCAUGGCGACGCCCUCCAUGAAACGCGAGGCCGCGCAGGCCGCCGCGGACAAGGCCGCCCUCAAGUUCGUGCGCUGGUUCGAGCUGUCCUGCGCGCGCUGCGGCAGCUCCUUCUUCAACGAGAUGGUGUCGUCGCAUCCCUGCGUCUUCUCCGUGGGCGAGAAGAUCCCCAUCCUCGCCGCCCAGCGCUGGCUCCAGACGCGGCGCAAGACGGCCGAGCCGACGCCCGAGGACCUGCGCGCGGCCCAGGACAUGGCCUUCGCCCAGAUCGAGAAGGAGGUGCGCGAACUGAACGACCGCGAGGUCUCGCGCGGCCACGGCGAGCGGUUCCCGGGCUGCCCCUACGUCAUGGUCGGCGGCAAGCUGCCCUACGAGCGGCUGCGGGCCGGCGGGCGCCCGGGGUCGAACACCGAGCAUUCGCGCCGGGAAACGCCGAAGAAACGCCCAACCCGUAGUCAUUUCCUUCCGAGCUGA